UCGGGUCCUCGGGCCAAUAGGAUGCGGCGGAGUUGGAGCACUCCCCGGGUCCUACGGCCGCGGGGGUUCGCAGCCCCAGCUGCGGGCCAUGUGGGAACCUCCCGGAGCUGAAGUGUUCCCGGCGGCCCUUGGCGGCGUUCUCUUCUUGCUGCUCUGCCUCGGGGUCCGCCAGCUUUUGAAGCAGAGACGGCCGUCGGGCUUCCCCCCGGGACCGUCGGGGCUGCCAUUUAUCGGCAACAUCUACUCGCUAGCCGCCUCGGCCGAGCUCCCUCAUAUCUACAUGAAAAAGCAGAGCCAGGUGUACGGCGAGAUCUUCAGCUUAGAUCUUGGAGGUAUAUCAACUGUGGUUCUAAAUGGCUAUGAUGUAGUAAAGGAAUGCCUCGUUCAUCAAAGUGAAAUUUUUGCAGACAGACCAUGCCUGCCUUUAUUCAUGAAGAUGACAAAAAUGGGAGGGUUACUCAAUUCCAGAUAUGGCCGAGGAUGGGUUGAUCACAGAAGAUUAGCUGUAAACAGCUUUCGCUCUUUUGGAUAUGGCCAAAAGUCUUUUGAAUCUAAAAUCUUAGAAGAAACCAAAUUUUUCAUGGAUGCUAUUGAAACAUACAGUAGUAGACCUUUUGACUUUAAACAAUUAAUAACAAAUGCUGUUUCAAACAUAACCAAUCUGAUCAUUUUUGGAGAACGAUUCACUUAUGAAGACACUGAUUUUCAGCACAUGAUUGAGUUAUUUAGUGAAAAUGUGGAACUAGCCGCCAGUGCCUCAGUCUUCCUCUAUAAUGCCUUUCCAUGGAUUGGCAUCUUACCUUUUGGAAAACAUCAGCAGCUGUUUAGAAAUGCAGCUGUGGUCUACGAUUUUCUCUCCAGGCUUAUCGAAAAAGCUUCCAUCAACAGAAAGCCUCAGUCACCUCAGCAUUUUGUUGAUGCUUAUUUAGAUGAGAUGGAUCAAGGUGAAAAGGACCCAUCAUCUACUUUCUCCAAAGAAAACCUGAUUUUCUCUGUAGGUGAACUCAUCAUUGCUGGAACUGAAACUACAACCAAUGUGUUACGAUGGGCAAUUCUUUUCAUGGCCCUUUACCCAAACAUUCAAGGACAAGUUCAUAAAGAGAUUGAUUUAAUUAUAGGACCAAACGGGAAGCCUUCUUGGGAUGACAAAUGCAAAAUGCCUUAUACGGAGGCAGUUUUGCAUGAAGUUUUAAGAUUCUGUAAUAUAGUGCCAUUAGGGAUUUUCCAUGCAACUUCUGAAGAUGCCAUUGUACGUGGUUAUUCCAUUCCUAAAGGCACAACAGUAAUUACAAAUCUCUAUUCUGUACACUUUGAUGAAAAGUACUGGAGAGACCCAGAAAUAUUCUAUCCAGAGCGAUUUCUGGACAGCAGUGGAUGUUUUUCCAAGAAGGAAGCUUUGGUUCCUUUCUCCCUAGGGAGAAGACAUUGUCUUGGAGAACAGCUGGCUCGGAUGGAAAUGUUCCUGUUUUUUACAGCCUUGCUUCAGCGAUUUCACUUGCAUUUUCCCCAUGGACUGGUUCCAAAUCUGAAGCCCAAGUUGGGCAUGACGUUGCAGCCCCAGCCCUACCUCAUCUGCGCAGAAAGACGCUGAAAAUGCACAGAUGUUUUUUUUGGAACAAGGCUAUAUGUUUGCCUCAGAAUAAGUAUUAGCUGUUAUUUUUUUCCUAACCUUUUAUGACUUACAAAGUAGAAUCAUCUAAUGAAAACAGAGGUCAAAUAACAGUUGUUGCUGAAGAUACUAAGAAGGGCCAUUGAUGCCCUGACUUUGCAGCCUCUUGUUGAACACCAGAUACGCUUCAUCCCUUCUUGACUCCAACUUACUCCUGUCUGGGGGCUUUGCUUCCAAAUGCUAAUGCCAGCUCUCUUCUGAUCAGGUAUUGUCAUUAACAGAUUGUGUGGUACUUAUCUGGUUUAAUAGUGGGCUAAAGAAAUUAGAACCCAACUAGAUGAGUUUGUACUACAGAGUUAUUUUACGUGGUGACAGGUGACAGAUAAAUAUCUAUAUAUUUAAUGUAAAACCUACCAAUGCCUUCAAAUCUUGCUUCCCACUAUAUCUGCAUAAAAGCUGCAUCAUUCUUCCUACAAAUGAGGUUCCCUGUGACCCUUCAUAGAAGUAGUUCAGGAAGUUACAAUAAUGUAUUUAAAAUAAAAAUGACAUGUGACUAUUAUUUGUGGAAACAGA